AUGGCGUCCAAGAGGAUACAGAAGGAGCUUAAGGAUCUGCAGAAGGACCCCCCUACCUCAUGCAGCGCAGGAGGUUGCCCCAUUGAUAGCAAGUGUGCAAUCUCAAUCUACAAGAACCCAGUUCUCCAUGAUCGCAACAAGCAUAUCGAUCUCCGCUAUGACUUAAUUGAGAACAGUAAUGGGACCGCGGAGUUCAUCGGCAUGAACAAGCAGAAGGCUGAUAUCCUGAUGAAGUCCCUUGGGCGUUGGAGCAUGAGCUACGACUUGUUUCCCUUUUCUGAAGAAAUAAAAGCAGGAAGAAAGAGCAGAAAAGCUGCAAUAUUACGCAGCGCAAAAUUCAAUGUCUUGCUCGUUCUGUUGUGCCCACAGCUCGUGGUUCAGGGUAACAUGACACAGUUUGUCCAACGAAUUAUCUCAGGGUACAACUGUCCUGUGGGUGAAGAUAUGUUCCAUUGGCAGGCAACAAUAAUGGGCCCAUCUGACAGCCCAUAUUCUGGUGGAGUUUUCCUAGUUACUAUCCACUUCCCUCCUGAUUAUCCUUUCAAACCACCAAAGGUGGCAUUCCGCACCAAGGUGUUCCAUCCAAACAUCAACAGCAACGGGAGCAUUUGUCUGGACAUCCUCAAGGACCAAUGGAGCCCCGCUCUGACCAUUUCCAAGGUGCUGCUGUCCAUCUGCUCCCUGCUGUGUGACCCGAACCCUGAUGACCCUCUGGUCCCUGAGAUCGCCCACAUGUACAAGACGGACCGGCACAAGUACGAGAGCACCGCCAGGACCUGGACGCAAAGUGACUUGGAACAUGGAACCGGUGUUGCAUAUUUUGGAUUCAGAUAA